UAUAUAUAUCAAAACACCUUUAAUAUUUCUUUAGCUUUUUCCUACCUAUAUUCCUUCAUCAUCUUCUCAUUCUUUCUUCAAUCCUCAAGAAAAAAAAAAUUAAAAAUGAGAAAUUUAUUCCCUAUAUUGAUGCUAAUCACCAAUUUAGCACUCAACAACGAUAGUAGCAGCAACAAUAAUAAUAAUAAUAGUUUUAUACACGCAACGUGUAGGAAGACCCCGUACUACUCCUUAUGUGUCACAACCCUACAAUCCGAUCCCCGAAGCAAUGAGGCUGACAUCACCACCCUAAGCCUCGUCAUGGUGGACGCGGUGAAAUCAAAGUCCAUAGAAAUAAUGAAAAAGUUGAAAGAGCUCGAGAUAUCGAACCCUGAGUGGAGGGGCCCACUUAGCCAAUGUUAUGUGGCGUAUAACGCCGUCCCACGAGCCGAUGUAAAGGUAGCCGUUGAAGCCUUGAAGAAGGGUGUCCCUAAAUUUGCUGAAGAUGGUAUGAAUGAUGUUGUUGUUGAAGCACAAACUUGUGAGUUUAGUUUUAAAAAUGAUAAUAUAUUGGUUUUUCCAAUUUCUGAUAUGAGUCAGGAAAUAAUUGAACUCUCAAAAGUUGCUAAAUCCAUAAUUAGAAUGUUAUUAUGAGUGGUGAAACAAAGGUCAAAGUUGAUGUACAGUGCAUGAAGUUCGCAAAAUUUGAAGAAGAGUCGGAUUAUAAGGGGUUAUAAUUUUCUAAUCAUCUUUCUGUACUAGUUUUUUAUUUUUAAUUAUUUUUUAUAUUCUAGUAUUUUGUUUAAUGUGUGUGUUUGUAUAUACAGAAAUGUAGACAAUAAUGUGAAUUGUAUUUAAGCUAGUUUGGCUAUUAGUUCCACUAAAUUAUAUUUCAUAUAAAUUCUAAGUGUUUUAAUCUUUAUGUGAUUUAAUGAUGAUAUGAGUUGAGCUCAAAAUGAAAUAGUGAGGAUCAAUGUGUUUGGGAUUGAGA